AAAUCCCAAGGUUGUAAUCUUUUGAACGCGGAUUUUAGGCUAUAUCCUUUCACCCUGACGGCGUAGGCUACGCUUGUUGGUAGAAGAUAGCGCUUAGACGCCGUCGGACACGUCUGUGAGACGACGUCGCCCCUUUAGUGGCUCGCGGUAGAGGUUGAGAUUCGCGUGCUUGAGUCGCGUUUCAUGAUUACACGAAGAUGCAGCCGCUAGGUAGGUGACGGCCAGGGGGAGUAACGGAACUCAGUCGUCGCCUUCGUUUUCACCAGCAACCAUCCGCAGAGUUAUUCCCGAUCAUUAAUUCUGUUGUACACUAGUCUAGGCUGUUAAUCCCGAACGAAUCUGCUGGAUACACUGCCAGUCUACUCCCAGUAGCGAUUUUUGAGUCGACUCAAAAGUCAGCUGGAUACACUACCAGUCUAUUCCCAGUAGCGAUCCGACAUGGCGACACGGAAUCGCACAGCCGUUUUCAUGAAGCAUCGAGAUGCUCUCAAGUCAACCAGGCCGAACGCCGGAUCUACAGCAGCAGCUCGCGAUCUCGAUCAGGCGGAGAAGGGAUGGGGGAAAGCGAGAAAAGGAGGAGGCUAUGUCCAACUGACUCGAUUAGACACGGGAGACAGGCUUUCAGCAGGGACGUCAGGCGCAGCAGCGUCGCAACCAGCCAGUUCCGGUGGGUUGGGAAGCCCAGGCCUACCCCCUGUGUGGGUAGAUGUGUCUGAUAAGAUCAAGGAGGAUAUGCAGCGAAUUAGGGGGAAGAUGGGUGAGCUCGCGAAAGUCCAGGCACGCGCUCUGCUACCGACGUUCGACACGGAUGAUGCGCGGGGGAAGAAGAACGAGCAUGAGCGAACUAUGGAGGUGCUCACAGCGGAGAUUACACGGUCUUUAAAGACGUGCGAGCAGCGGCUGCAGCGGCUGUCGCAAAAGGAUGCCACGUCAGCGGGGAAUGCGGCCAUUGCACGCAAUGUUCAGAGAUGCAUGGCCACCGACUUGCAACAACUCUCCAUGGAUUUCCGCAAGCAGACAAAGCAGUAUCUACGGCGACUGCAGCAGCAGCAGCAGCCACAAGAAAAGGCUGUGCUGGGCCGUGCUGGUGCUGGUGGGUCGUCAGGCAGGCUACAUGAAGUGUCGUCAAGCUCAACGCAAACAGAUGAUGAUGACUACUUUGACCCGGAGUUUGAGGAGCGGCAGUUGCUGCGAGUGAGGCAGAUGGAGAACGUCACAGCAGAGAGGGAGAAGGAAAUCCAAGAGAUAGUGCAAUCGGUGCAUGACCUCGCUCAGAUUAUGAAGGACAUUUCAGUGCUUGUCAUUGAUCAGGGAACCAUUGUUGACCGUAUUGAUUACAACAUCCAAAACAUAAGUGCAAAUGUGGAUAAGGGUGUGGAGGAGCUAAAAAAGGCUGAGAAGACCCAGAAGCAAUCAGCCCUCAUCUUCUGCAUACUUGUCCUUGUGGUUGCGGUUCUGGCCCUCUUUGUCAUUCUCAUCCUCAAGAAGCUCAUAUUUUGAUGAUACUCCCUCUGCACCUGUUGUGGCCAAACAACCGGCAUAAUUCGCGGAUAAGCUGCUACCCAGCGUGGAGCAGUAUGGAGUGAAUGGGUCUCGUACAGGUGGCCACAUUGUCGGCUAUAAGAGAUUCUGCUGCACAUCAGUUUAUGCCCAGUGACUUAGUACACACAGCCUGAACGUGUUCUCCUGUUGCCUCCUGUCGGGCUCAUAUCUUGUCAGAAGGUUUUGCCAAGUUGUAGUGAAACUUGUUUUCUGGAUGAAUGUUGAGAAUGCACCCUCACCCU